GUGGAAAAACUCUGAGUGCGCGCAACUCACCGGGCUGGGGGAGGUGCCGGGCGGAGCGCAGGAAAUAACGCCAUAUCAAGUGAGUCCUGAAAAGAUCUUUGGUAACAUUAUCUUAAGCUAAUCCAAAAGCAAAUGUGGAACUGAGAAAAAGAUUGCCAACUCCAAAUCAACACAGUUACAGAGAAUUAGAAAAGGAAAAGCUUACAGCUUCAUUUGAGGACUUUUGUAAAGAACUCUGUGUACUAUAUAUGAGCUUUAAGAUCUUGGAGCAACAAUCAGUGACCGUGCCAGAUCAAACAAGUUCAGAAGUACAAAUGGAGAACUGGUCAAAAGAUGUAGUCCAAAGUUCCCAUGAACAAGAGACUAUAUUGAAAAAGAAAAAUUCACAACCAGGUGACCAACUUGUUACCAAUUCUGCUGGAUGCAUGCAACAUGAAUAUAAUGAAUUAGUAAAACAGAUUAUGUUUGAGGAGACAAAGCUUCUGAUGGAUAAACCAAGGAGCUUUCAAGUCAUUGACUUCUACCCAGAGGAUGGUACUACCUAUUCUACUACUGAAAAAUCUGAUAUUUUAGAACAUAGAAACAGUGAUCUACUCUGUGAUUUUAUGGCACCUUGUCAAAUUACCGAAAAUGUAGAUAAAGACAGGACUAUAUCAUUCCUUCUAAAAGAAGUGAACAUUCUCAAGACAAGCAAUGAAAAGCUUCAAGAAAAACUGGCUCAAGAAGGUAAAGAAGUGAAGACAUUAAAGCUUGAGCUGGAACUCCUGGAGAGAGCAACAGAAGCUAAAAUUGCUGAAAAGACAGCAGCUCUGGUUGAAGAAAUCUAUUUUGCACAGAGGGAACGUGAUGAAGCUAUCAUAUCUAGACUCCAGUUAGCCAAUGAGGAAAGAGAUGAAGCCAUUUCACGAGCCAGGGAACUGGAGAAGUCUCUAAAAGAGCUAGAAAAUAUUAACCCUGAAGAAAAUGACAUGACAUUACAGGAAUUACUGAACAGAAUAAACAAUGCAGACACAGGGAGAGCUAUCCAGAGUAAUGGAGCUGUAAUUAUGGAUCGAAUAUACAAGACCAAGGAAUGUAAAGAGAAAAUAACUACUGAAGAAAUGAAUGCAGUGAUAGAAGAACGCGAUGCUGCUUUAUCUAAGUGCAAACGGCUAGAGCAGGAGCUUCAUCAUCUGAAAGAGCAGAACCAGACUUCAGCAAACAACAUGAGACAUCUGACUGCUGAAAACAAUCAAGAACGUGCUCUGAAGGCAAAGUUGUUAUCCAUGCAACAGGAUAGAGAAACUGCCGUUCAACAAUAUAAAAAAUUAAAAGAAGAAAUCCAGACACUGCGGAUUUACUACAGUUUACACAAAUCGUUAUCCCAAGAAGAAAGUCUAAAGGAUCAAUUCAACUGUACUCUUAGUACCUAUGAGGAUGCCUUAAAAAACAGAGAGGAUAUUGUUUCCAUCACUCAUCAACAAAAUGAGGAACUGGCCAUCCAGCUGCAGCAAGCCUUGACAGAGAGAGCAAACAUGGAAUUAAAGCUUCAGCAAGCUUUAAAGGCCUCCCAAGAGGCCAAUGAAAAAGUUCAAAAGUUGGAAAGGUUGGUGGAUGUCCUGAGGAAGAAGGUUGGAGCAGGGACCAUUAGGACGGUGAUCUGAUUGAAAGCUUCAGUCUGGGGAAGCAAUCACAUCUGGUGACCAGGCUGCUUCAUUCAACGCUGUGUAAACACUAAAGCCUUCACUUAACAAAUAGUUGUUAGAAGUGGGACACUUCAACGACAUACCAAGCUGAGAUAAAAUCAAAUCACAAAUGUUUAACCACUUUGCUGCUGAGUUUGGGUUAUUUAUCCAAAUGUAUUAACCACAGACUUUUACCAAUGGGUGGCUAAAGGUUUAGAGCAUACUUUGGAACUACUUCUUUUGUCCCAAUUUCUUUUAAGGUGUUUCUAUACUGAGGAACCAACACAGAAACAUGGUGCAGCUGAGCUGGACACGUCUUCCCAUACUGCCUGCUUUAGAAUCAAAACUUAGCAAGGCAAAUAUUGUACAAAUCUAAAUCCACUAUGUUAGGUCAAGAUUUCAAAUACCUGCAUAUUUUAAUAUUGAAUAUGUUUCUGAAUCAAUGAAAAAAGUGCAGAUUUAAGAAGAAGCUAUGAUUACUGUGUAGACAUAAGAAUACAGUCUUUUCUCAGUGCUUACACAUAACCUUUGAUAACAUUAAAGGGAAUUAAGUAUAUGCACCAAGAGGCAGUUGUGCAAAAGAUGCCUUAUAAAGAGUUCUAUCACUGAGGUCACAUUCAUGAAGGAAUGAUGUUUUAGUCACACACUUGCACAGAAAUGUGGUAUGAGGUCUUAAGAACAUGAUUGAGGAUUAUCUUAUUUUUAAUGUGCCUUUACAGGGUUGUGUAUUGUCACUACUGUUAUUAUUAAAAAUGGCAAUAGAUAACAAUGACUUGGUUAAAAAAAGAUAUAUAUAUAUGUAUAAAGGGAAAAAAAUCUCUGCUGUAUUUGUUAUCUUUCUCAUGUAAAUUAGCAUGCAUCUUCAUGGACUGGGCUUAAAAUACACUAGACCAUGGAAUGUGAUAGGUAAUCUUUUAUUAAUUUUAACUAGAUUUUCUUUGUA